AUGGCGUGGCCAAACCCAUUCUACAGGACAACACCGAAUACCAGAAACGCAUGGGGCUAUAGAUUCGAACUCGACUCCCAACAUCUCACACCGGAACAAUGCGAACCUCUCAAAUUCUCCUACGAUACCAUUGCCGAAGAAGUUCUGGAUCGAUUGAAUGCCAUUUCGCCACCGGAGAAGAAUCAAUUGCCGAGGAAUAAUGGACAAGUUUCAGCUGUUGGGAGUACGAAUACUACGGGAGAACUUCCCAGGGCAGAAGACGAUAAGAAACAAGAAUUGAAAGUCCCGCAAAGGGAUCUUUAUGCGAUUUUGAAGGAGAAUGCAGAGAAAGAUGAAUUGCUGGGGAAAUUUUGGAAAGAGGUUAAUGAAGUUCCUGAAUGGGUCGAUUGGGACCAAAUUCAACGAGGUCAGGAUGUGUUUUACAGGUAUGGUGGAGCGUGUUUGACGGGUUUGGCAUAUCAGUCACUACUCGGUGGCAUGGGAGCAGCUCGAGUCGUGGAAGUUUUGGCUCGGACGGGUGGUUUUUCGACGAAAGUUGCGAGAGGGAGACUUUUUGAGACGACGCAGCAUAUUCUGCAAUGCACGAAAUCGGUGGAGAGUAUGCAGCCUGGUGGGGAUGGGUUUGCGUCGACGAUUCGUGUAAGGUUGCUGCAUGCUGCUGUGAGACAGCGGAUUAUGAAGUUGAGGGCGACGAGGCCGGAGUAUUAUGAUGUUGAGGCUUGGGGGGUGCCGAUCAAUGAUUUGGAUUGUUUGGCGACGAUUGCGACGUUUUCGUCUUCGUUGAUCUAUUUGAGUCUGCCGAGGCAGGGGAUCUAUAUUCGUCAGCGGGAAGCUGAGGACUAUGUUGCUUUGUGGAGGUAUAUUGGCUACGUUAUAGGUUGCCCGGCUGGACACUUCGAGACGACUGGACAGGCCAAGCGAUUGAUGGAGACACUACUCCUGAACGAGAUACACCCUACUCACACAUCGGCUGUGCUGGCAAACAAUAUUAUCAAGAGUCUGGAAGGGCAGCCGCCAGGCUAUGCUUCGGCGGACUUCCUCGUUGCGUCCGCUCGUUGGCUCAAUGGGAAUGAGCUCUGUGAUGAGCUGGGAUUGCCGCGUCCAUCACCAUAUUACUGGGCAUUGAUGACAGGGCAAUGUCUCUUCUUCGUCUUCUUCUGCUACACUUAUCGAAUGAUACCUUAUCUCGACCGGCGGAAGAUCGAAACGCUGAAGCAGGUUUUCUGGGCUGUGAUUGUACACAGCAAGUACGGACUGCAGGAGGAAACCAGGUUUGCAUUCAAAUACGUCCCUGAGUACGAGACGAUCACGCACAUGGGCGAAUGCGAGGAGGCCAAGGCGACGUACUCUCACGUCGAGAGUCGUAACUUGAAAACCUUCGUGAUCGGCGUGGGCGUGCUGGGAGUGGGAGCAUACGUCGGGGUCAAGAUAGUGAGCGCACUGGCGAGUCGUGUCCUGUGGUAGCAUCUGGUUGUUAUAGCUAGCUCGGUCAGCGGCUGCAGCUGCAGACAUUAGCGUGGGCAUCGUGGCAGGAGACUCGGCAUGCCGCUGUGCCUGCCGAAUACAUGUGUUUAUCGCCAUUCCGUACGGCGCCGUCAAUGUGAGCA